AUCAUGACCCAGUGCCAGGCAUGCCAUUUCACUUUACACUACCCAUAAAAGAUAAAACUCUGUGUUCUUUUCUUUAUCUUGGGCCUGACAAAAAGAUUUUUGGUGAAUGGAUGUUGGGAAUGGAAAGUAAAGUGUGGGUUCUGAUCUCAGAAAUUAACUUAGGCAAGAGAAGAAACUCAUUUCAAAGUUUAUGAGGAAACACAGUCUAGUUCUGUUAACUAGGUGUCUCAGAUUCUAGUGAGUAUUUUUUCAGUUCAAUGGAAACAGGAGGAGGAAUUGCAAUAUAUUUUCUGGUUUUCUUCUGGUUUUGGGCUUAUCCUGCAAAUGGGUUGCUUUCACCUAAAGGUGUUAACUAUGAAGUGCAAGCUUUAAUGGCUAUAAAGGCUUCUCUUCAUGAUCCUCAUGGGGUUCUAGAUAAUUGGGAUGGGAAUGCUGUUGAUCCAUGUAGCUGGACUAUGGUUACCUGUUCACCUGAGAGCCUGGUUAUUGGCCUUGGUGCUCCAAGCCAGAAUUUAUCUGGAACUCUGUCUCCGGGCAUAGGGAACUUAACAAAUCUUCAGAUUGUGCUCCUACAAAACAACAACAUAACAGGACCAAUUCCUUCAGAGUUGGGGAGGCUCUCAAUGCUUUGUACGCUUGAUCUCUCCAGUAAUUACUUCUCUGGGGAAGUUCCUCCAUCUCUUGGUGAACUAAGAACCCUCCAAUACAUGAGGCUCAACAAUAACAGUCUAUCUGGAGCAUUUCCCCUGAACUUGGCUAACAUGACACAGCUUACCUUUCUUGAUUUAUCCUACAAUAAUCUGAGUGGUCCUGUGCCCAGGAUUGCAGCUAAAACAUUCAGCAUUGUUGGGAAUCCUCUAAUCUGUGCUACAGGAUCUGAACCAGAAUGUCAUGGAACACUACUGAUGCCAAUGUCCAUGAACUUGAACAGCUCACAGAAAGCUGCUCUGCCUUCAGGAAGACCAAAAAGUCAUAAGCUAGCCAUAGCCUUUGGCUUGAGCAUAGGAAGUGUCUCCUUUCUCAUUGUUGUAUUUGGACUACUACUUUGGUGGAGGCAAAGGUGGAAUGAGCAGAUGUUCUUUGAUGUCAAAGACCGACAUCAUGAAGAAGUUUGUCUCGGAAACUUGAGGAGGUUCCAAUUUAGGGAACUCCAGAUUGCAACAAAUAACUUCAGCAGCAAGAAUAUACUAGGGAAGGGAGGUUUUGGAAAUGUCUACAAAGGGAUUCUGCAAGAUGGAACCAUAGUAGCAGUUAAGAGGCUUAAAGAUGGCAAUGCUGCUGGAGGAGAGAUUCAGUUCCAGACUGAAGUGGAGUUGAUCAGCCUAGCAGUGCAUCGGAACCUCCUCAGGCUUUAUGGAUUUUGUAUUACACCGAUGGAGAAGCUUCUUGUUUAUCCAUACAUGUCCAACGGCAGUGUUGCCUCACGCCUGAAAGGAAAACCAGUAUUGGAUUGGGGCACAAGGAAGAGAAUUGCCUUAGGAGCUGCAAGGGGACUAUUAUACCUCCAUGAGCAAUGUGAUCCAAAGAUAAUUCAUAGGGAUGUGAAGGCCGCAAACAUAUUGCUUGAUGAAUACUGUGAAGCUGUGGUAGGAGAUUUUGGGUUAGCAAAGCUUUUGGAUCACCAAGAUUCACAUGUCACGACAGCUGUGAGGGGCACCGUGGGGCACAUAGCACCUGAGUAUCUCUCUACAGGCCAGUCUUCUGAGAAAACAGAUGUGUUUGGGUUUGGAAUUCUCCUACUCGAAUUAAUCACUGGCCAGAGAGCACUAGAAUUUGGCAAGACAGCAAACCAGAAAGGAGUAAUGCUUGAUUGGGUGAGGAAAAUUCACCAGGAGAAGAAGCUAGAAAUGCUAGUGGACAAGGAUCUCAAAAACAACUAUGACAGAAUUGAGUUAGAGGAGAUGGUUCAAGUAGCUUUGCUGUGCACCCAAUACCUUCCAAGCCAACGACCAAAAAUGUCAGAAGUGGUUCGAAUGCUUGAGGGCGAUGGUCUGGCAGAAAAAUGGGAAGCUUCUCAGAAAUCUGAAGCAACCAAGAAGCCUCAUGAAUUCUCCUCAUCAGAUAGAUAUUCUGAUCUCACUGAUGACUCUUCCUUACUAGUCCAAGCCAUGGAGCUCUCCGGUCCAAGGUGAAUUCCUUCAAAACUUUAAUAUCAUUCAUUCAUCUUCCAAAGAUGGGCAAGAAAAUCCAGAAAACAAGAUAUGGCUGAAGUUUGCAAAAACAUAUGUGCUUGUAUCAUAGUGGCAUAGGAGACCUCCAAAAGGCUUUGAUUUUUCUUUUCUUUUGCUUUUGUUUUUAUCCCAACUGUACAAAUUACAAAUUAUGGAGAGAUUUAGAAAGGAAAAUUUCCUAUGUCUAGUGAUAUGUAUUGAGUGAAAAUCUGAAUGGGAUGUCCAUUUGAAAUUUUGUGUAAGAUAAAUGAUGUAGACUUGA